AUGACCAACAUCCGAAAAUCACACCCAUUAAUAAAAAUCAUUAACAAUGCAUUCAUCGACCUCCCUACCCCAUCAAACAUUUCCUCAUGAUGAAACUUCGGCUCCCUACUUGGACUCUGCCUGAUCAUACAAAUCCUAACAGGCCUAUUCCUAGCAAUACACUACACACCAGACACAACAACCGCUUUCUCAUCAAUCACACACAUUUGCCGAGACGUCAAUUACGGCUGGACCAUCCGAUACCUACAUGCAAACGGAGCUUCCAUAUUUUUCAUUUGCCUUUACACUCACAUGGGCCGUGGCUGGUACUACGGCUCCUACAUCUUCCAAGAAACAUGAAACGUUGGAAUGAUACUCCUAAUCACAGUAAUAGCCACCGCAUUCGUAGGUUACGUACUGCCCUGAGGACAAAUAUCAUUCUGAGCCGCAACCGUUAUCACAAACCUUCUAUCAGCAAUUCCCUAUAUCGGCACCACCCUAGUAGAGUGAGUUUGAGGCGGUUUCUCCGUAGAUAAGGCAACACUGACACGCUUCUUCACUCUCCACUUCAUCCUCCCCUUUAUCACCCUAACACUAACAAUAGUACAUCUCCUAUUUCUCCAUGAAACAGGAUCCAACAACCCCACAGGAAUUCCCUCCAACAUAGACAAAAUCCCAUUCCACCCCUACCACACAAUCAAAGACACCAUAGGUGCCCUACUACUAAUCCUAUCCCUACUUACACUAACCCUGUUCGCACCCGACCUGCUAGGAGAUCCCGACAACUACACCCCAGCAAAUCCACUAAAUACCCCAACACACAUCAAACCAGAAUGGUAUUUCCUAUUCGCGUACGCCAUCCUACGAUCUGUCCCCAAUAAACUAGGAGGCGUCUUAGCCCUACUACUCUCCAUCCUAAUCCUAGUAUUCAUCCCAAUACUUCAUACAGCCAAACAACGAAGCAUAAUAUUCCGACCCUUCAGUCAAUUCCUGUUCUGAACACUAAUCAUAGACCUACUAACUCUAACAUGAAUCGGAGGCCAACCCGUGGAACACCCAUAUGUAACUGUAGGCCAACUAGCCUCCAUCCUAUACUUUCUUUUAAUCCUAAUCCUAAUACCAACAGCCAGUCUUAUCGAGAACAAGCUCUUAAAAUGAAGA